AUGGAUAAAGGAGUAACGUGUGAUCACUUAACCAAACUCGCGGAUGUCCUUGGAAAGGAGUUGUGGCAGUCAAAAGAUACAUUAACAUGUUACGAUUGCGGUUGCCCCGGGCCAAACCUGUGGAUAUGUUUGCAGCCGGAGUGCCACCAUAUUGGUUGUUCCGAAGUAAAAAAUGACCAUAGCACUAUACAUCAGAAGAAUUUUCCAACUCACAGCGUGCAUAUGAACGUGUCAACGGAACGGAUAUGGUGCUACAUUUGCCAGAAGGAGGUCCACAUACGAGCUGCGUUGGCACAAGCUGCGGCGAGUCCAGACACGACGUCGAUGGAAGGCCCAACGGUGGGCGCCCACUUUGGUUCAGCGGCGCUCGGCUUCAACUCCGACGACGAUGUGGACCCGGACGACGUGGACUACGAUGAUGAAACACGCCCAAGAGGUCUAGUCGGUCUCCAGAAUAUGGGUAACACGUGUUACAUGAACGCCGCGUUACAAGCGCUCAGUAACACGGCGCCGCUGACGUCAUACUUCUUGGAAUGCGCCGCAGCAGUACACGUGCUCACAGCGGACAAGAAACCGGCCAUCAGCAGAGCAUACCAAAAACUAAUCAAAGAAAUGUGGAGUCGAAAAACUAGAGGUUAUGUUGUGCCUAGCGGAAUCCUAUAUGGAAUCAGAAACGUAUAUCCGAUGUUUCGCGGCUACCACCAACACGACACCCAAGAGUUCCUACGAUGUUUCAUGGACCAAUUACAUGAGGAGUUAAAAGAACCGGUAUACGAUAGUAUGGCGGGAGAUAAAAUAUCUUCGGAAGCGGACGGCGAUCAUCAAGAGGGUAGAAUAGUCCACAUACGGCGACGUGCAGCCUCCUCUGGCGCUAGUGACGCGCCGUUGUUCGCAAGAAUGAGGCGGAAGUCUCCCGCGUCCUCCUCCUAUAGUGAAUCCAGAACUGACGGCUAUUUAAGGGUACACGGUCACGAAACAACGUCGUCUAAGCACCGCCGAUCGGCUAGUUUCGCUGGCACACAGCAAUUGGCGUACACCGCUGUCAGUCAUCAAAUGAACGGCCCCACGAGUCCGGAGUUGAAUCACCGCGACCUGGACUCGGAGUCCGAGUUGUCGUGCUCGAGUGAAGCGGAGGAGCGAUACGAGACCUGCUCGAGCGGCGCCAGCGACGUGCAAGAUUCGAUGCCCGAACGUACACAUGUACUGGGUACAAAACCUCAGUCGACGUCUUGUGGCGGCGGCGACGGAGGGUGCGGCGGUACAAAAUAUCGCAGCGUGAUAUCUGACGUGUUCGACGGUAAACUGCUGUCGUCUGUACAGUGCCUCAUAUGUGAUAGGGUGUCCACCCGCGUGGAGACGUUCCAGGACCUGUCGCUGCCGAUCCCGUCGCGCGACCACCUCGCCGUGCUGCGCUGCCAGCAGCCCGCGCCCCACCACGCCGCCCACCAGGCGCAGGACUCGUGGCUAUGGUGGGUGCUGGGUUGGCUCCGGUCUUGGCUGUACGGUCCGGUGGUAUCGCUGCAGGAUUGUCUCGCAGCAUUCUUCAGCGCGGACGAACUCAAGGGCGAUAACAUGUACAGUUGUUCCCGGUGCAAUAAACUCCGGAACGGUGUUAAAAUGUCCGGUGUGGUCCGGCUGCCGGAGGUCCUGUGCGUUCACCUGAAACGGUUCCGGCACGAGCUGAUGUUUAGCGCCAAGGUCGCGGCCAGAGUGUCCUUCCCGCUAAGGGACUUGGACAUGUCGCCUUACACGCAUAAAGAGUGCACGUCGAAGAUAAGCAAGUACGAGUUGUGCGCGGUGAUAUGCCACAGCGGCACUGCCGGCGGCGGGCACUACACGUGCGUGGCGCGCAACCACCGGCACUGGCACGCGUACGACGACCAGUGCGUCAGCGCGCUCACGCCGCACCAGGUGGCCAACUGCGAGGCGUACGUGCUCUUCUACAAGAAAGUAAACCCCCAAAUGGCAGUGUUGAGACAGAAGGCCGCCGAAAUAUUGGAGUCUACGAACGUCGAGCCCAACGAUAUCAAAUUCUACAUCUCCAAACAGUGGAUCUACAAGUUCAACACGUGGGCGGAGCCGGGCCCGAUAGACAACAGCGACUUCGUGUGCUGCCACGGCGGCGUGCGGCCCGACCGCGUGCGCCACCUGCCGCUGCUGGCCGUCUGUCUGCCGCAGCCGCUGUGGGAGUACCUGUACGCGCAGUUCGGCGGCGGGCCGGCGGUGUCGCACGUGCACGAGUGCGCGUCGUGCGCGCGCGCCGCCCGCCGCCGCCACGCGCGCCGCGCCCAAGAGCUGGCCGCCUUCUGCGACCUGCACGCCCUCUUCCAGGAGCAGGAGCGUCCGCGUGCCAUAUACGCGAUCAGCAUGCACUGGUUCCGGCAGUGGCAGGCGUUCGUGAGGAACAAGACGCCGCAGCCGCCGCCGCCAGUCGACAACAGCGGCAUCGUCACCACACAGGAGAUAGACGGCAAAACGACUCGCACUCUGAAGCAGGGCUCCGAUCACGCUCAGUUGAGCGAGGAGCUGUGGCGGUUCUUCACCGGCAUAUACGGGGGCGGGCCCGAGGUGCGGCUGCGCGCCCCGCCCCCCGCCCCGCAGGCACCGUCCCCCGCCCCCGCCGCCGCGCGGCCCCGCCCCCCCACGCGCCCCCGCUACUCCGACUCGGACCGGGAGGACUACUGCCUCAAGGCCACGUCCGAACUCAACAUCCGGGACUCCGUGCACAGCGAGCUCCAGAAGAACCAGUCCCUGCAGAACAUCGACCGCCGCUGCAAGAGGAACGACUCCGACGACGACGUGUACGGCCCCUGCGCGAGACCGGAGCCGAACGGGAACUACGAGUCGGACGAGGACAUGGACGCGAGCCCGCCGAGGAGUCGCGCGGAGCCGAUCCGUAUGGAGAACGGAGUGGACGGCUCCGACCACGACGCGAACGAUAAUCCCGUUCCCGACCCCGAGUUGCCGAACAUGGACAGUAUAUCGCUGAAGAGCAAACGCUCCAGAGCGGGUAGAGUGAGAAAGAGCAAAAGGCGGACGGUGAAAUGA